AUGUCCACGAGCUCUCCCUCGCCAUCGCACGUAUUCUCCUCACGCUCGUCAGACUUUGAUAGCGCGCCAGGAACACCUCCAACACCCACAACCGCGCUUCCUUCUGAUGCUGGAGAUGCAUUAAAGGAUCGUUCGCUUGAAGAGGCGCCUGAAAUGGACGUUGAAGAGGAUGACAUACGAAAGGUCACGCUUGAGGAUCAAAAGGAACCAGAGGACGACGCGGAUGCAAAGAAGAAUUUACAGUUGUUAAACUUUUUGGUCCAGAAGUCGACGGUCUAUGCGACUAUCAUUGGACAGCGUAUCGAGGAACAACGCGCCGCCCGUGCGAGGCAAGCUGAGCGCGCUCAGAAGCGCGCUGCAACAACAGGAAAGGCACCUGCGGCGUCUACAUCCAAGAAACGACGACGGGAAGAAGGUGGCAUUCUGGAUGUGGACAAAAAGGAUGUAGAGGCCAUGGCUGCGAGUAAAAAGGCAAAGGUCGAGGAUGGGAACAUCGCGGCGGGAAAGGCCGUAUUUGACGAGGUUCGUGGAGAGGAUGAGGACGGAGAAGAGGAGUAUCAGGCGCAGUCCCCGCUCAUUACAGGCGCGGUCUUGCGAGAUUACCAGCUCGCUGGUGUCCAAUGGCUCUCGACCCUACACUCCAAUGGCCUCAACGGUAUUCUUGGGGAUGAAAUGGGCUUAGGCAAAACCCUCCAAACGAUUGCAUUUCUUGCACACCUUCGAGACCUUGGUAUAUGGGGACCAUUUCUCAUCGUCUCGCCUUUGAGCGUACUACACAAUUGGAUCAGCGAGUUCAACAAAUUCGCUCCGUCCAUCCCUGUGUGUAUGUAUCACGGUACACAAGAGGAGCGUGCAGAGAUGCGCAGGACAGUACUCCUUCCACCAGUGGAGGGCGAUGGAGAGAGACCAAAGAAGCCGUUGCGAGGCAAAGGCUCAAAGCGAAAGUCGACAGUCAUCGAUGCCGACAAAAAGGAGUGGAAGAAUCCGCGGCCGAUGGAGUUUCCAGUCGUUUGCACAACAUAUGACAUGAUCAUUCGCGACGCAGCAUAUCUUUCCAAUCUAGUUCCUGGUCGUCCAUGGCAAUUUAUUGUCGUUGAUGAGGGACAUCGACUCAAGAAUAUGGAUUGCAGGCUUAUGCGCGAGAUCAAGGCAUUUCCUAGUGAACAUCGACUUCUUCUUACUGGAACGCCUUUACACAACAGUCUAGCAGAGUUGUGGUCACUUCUGAAUUUUAUCCUCCCGUCCAUCUUCAAUGAUCUUGCCUCUUUCGAAUCAUGGUUCAAUCUACCAGAGCUCACCCAAGCGACCCUCUCUGACGACCAGUCGACAAACAUUAUUACAAGCUUGCACCAGAUUCUCAAGCCAUUCUUGCUUCGUAGACUGAAGUCGGAUGUUGAACACUCUUUGCCGCCCAAGAAAGAAUACAUUCUAUAUGCACCAUUAACUCGACAGCAAAAAGAUCUUUAUGAUCUUACUGUCAAAGGUGGCCUACGAAAAUACCUCAUAGACCAAGGAAUGAAGGAAGCGGCGGUUGCUCAAGACAGUUCUGAUUCACUCAAGGCUCGAAGGUCGAAAGCGGCUGGAAAGCGACGCAAGUCCAAGUACACAGAGGACAACGAGGAUGACGACAAAUAUUUUGCCCGUUUAGCAGAUGGCUUGAAUGAUUCUGGCGACAAAGAGGCAGCCGAAUUGGAUCGGGAACAUCAGCUCAAGCAAGCUAUGAAAAAAGUGAACAAUAUGCAUCUGCAAAACGUUGUCAUGCAGCUUCGCAAAGUUUGCUCGCAUCCGUAUCUAUUUGAUUGGCCGGUCGAUUCGAACAAUCAAUAUACUCUCGACGAGCAGCUGGUGCAUGCUAGUGGAAAGAUGCUUCUCCUGAAUCGUCUCCUCGACGAGCUGUUCAAACGAAAACACAAAGUGCUUGUGUUCAGUCAAUUCACAACCAUGUUAGAUAUCAUCGAAGAUUGGGCAGUCGAGUUCAAAGGCUGGAAUAUUUGUCGCAUAGAUGGCAAGACCGCACCGUUGGACCGUCGAGCGGAGAUGGAUCGAUUCAAUAAUGGUGGUGACGAUCCGGAGGCACCAAUGCUCUUCCUUCUAUCCACACGGUCUGGCGGGCUCGGGAUAAAUCUGGUAGCUGCCGAUACAGUCAUCUUUUAUGAUCAGGAUUGGAAUCCGCAAAUGGACCUGCAAGCACAGGAUAGAGCCCAUCGAAUCGGGCAAACGAAACCUGUCCUUGUUUUUCGGCUGGUAUCACAGCAUACUAUUGAAGAAAGUGUGCUGCAACGUGCGUCAGAAAAGCGCAAGCUCGAGGCUCUCAUCAUCGCCAAAGGUAAAUUCCGUAAUCCGGCUGGACCGACAGCCCGUGGAAAGGAGUCGAUGCGCGAACUAGCCCAACAAUUACUCGAGCUACAGGCGGAUAAAAUCGAAGUUGUUUCCAAGGAUGACCGGAUCAUCGCGGACGACACAUUGGAUGCGCUUUUGGAUCGUAGCCCAGAGGUUUUCACGGGUCGUUCCCUUGGCUGGAAUUCCAAGGAUGCAGUCAAGAACGCUGGCAAGGCCAAGAAAAAGGGUGCCGAUACCGCAUUCGAGGUCUAUCAAGGCCAGAUAGACGAAGCCUCGGAAGCAUUUGCCAAGGCUAUGGGCGAGGAUGUGUAG